CAUUAACUUACCGAUAAAAAUAUAACAUUGUAUUAUAAUACAACGCAGUGUGUUGGAUCGCGAAAUACAUGUGAAAACUGACGAUAUGGAUUGUGGGCCAUACAGAAUUUUCAUGCGGCAAGAAGCCCGAGAAACGACUGUAAAUAUCUCACGGGACUUUUGUGAGCAAGAGAAAGACUUUUGAACGGCGUUUUUUCGUGUACCUGUGAUAGAGAAGAGAAAAAGGAAAGAACCGCAAAAAAAGAAAAGUUUUCUACUUUCGCAAUGUCGACGGCCGAUGAGGUUUUCGACAGCUGGGAAGAAAUGGAGGAAUCCGGGGCACUGGACAAAAAACUCAAUUCUCUUCAGUUGAACACAUCGGAGUGCCUUGCAGAUGCUCAGUUACAAACUUUGACAACAGGGAAAACGACCACAACUAGAAUGAUAAUUCUAGGCGAGGAUGGUAUGCGAUCUCAGUAUGUGCCGCCGAAGCCAACAGUGAAGAUUUUAAAACGCCCCCAGCGGGAUUCUCAAGGUAGCGGGGAUGGUCCAUUGACGAACGGGGAUAAGCCGAAACAGCCGAUAAAGUCGUUAAAGCAAAGAGAGCAGGAAUAUGCAGAAGCGAGAAAGCGAAUAUUGGGUGAAGAGAGAAGUCCGGAGGAGCAAAUUGGGCAACCGAUUAAUAAGAUACAAGGGAAACAGGGAAACAACGGCAACAAUGGGAACAGCGGAGGAGGAGGAGGCGGAGGAAAUAUAUCAAGCAAUGUAAUCAGAAUGCCUAUGGGACCGGAUGGUACGCCUGGUUUCAAUGUGAGAAGGUAGCAAGUGGUGCGAGGAAAUUUCCUCUUCUAUACCCAUCUUUUGUCUCUUGGACUUCUCCUCCGGCCACGGAGAACGAAUAAAUGAGAGAACACAGUGAUUAAAAAGAAAAGAAUAUAAAUGAGACAAAACAAACCAAGGAUAAGAAAAGACGUUAAAAUAAGUGUAAAGAAUAUUUGAAUGUGGAGACACAACGGCUAUGAGGCCGACAGCAGUGAGCAGAAUUUUGCUACCCGAAUAUCCGGGUUAGGGAUCAGUCGCAAAGUGGAAACUGACGUUUUGAGUAAAAGAAGAAAAGGAAAAGUCUUGAUGAAUUCACGACUGAUCCCUAGCAUGGUGAAUGAGAACGCCGCUGGUCCUAUUUAAUAAUGCUAAAAAUAUGGAAACAAGAGACGAAGAUUAAAAUGUAUGACCUUUGCAUUAUGGGACAUGGAACAAACGCCGUCAACGUGACACUGUUCAUUGCCAAUUUAUGUUUUCACGCAUCUCAAUCUUAAAAAUUAAACAUUUUUUUUCUUUUGUUUCUCCAUUAUCAUGACCGCUUGCAGUGGAAGAUCGCUAGAGACAUUGAUAAUAACAGGAAAAAGAGAAGAAGUACUAUUCAUAAACCAGCAUAUUGAAACUCUUGGGACUUGGAUCGAACGUCGGAAAUAAGUCUCGUUCGCUCUCUCCUAUUAAAAAUUCCUCACGAAAAUAUCGUAUUGCUUUUUAAAUGUAAAUAUAUAUAUAUAUAUACAUGUAUAACUUUCUUCAUCAGCUGAGAGAUGCACUUUUCUCGAACUGACUUAUUGUAUAUUAAAAGAAAAACGAUGAAGCAUUUUUUUUCUUCUGUGGAGGAAAAAGUGUAAGGAGUUUAAAGCCAUUACGUUUCUCAA